AUGUCAUCAGCUGCGCAUUCAACUUUAGAAGUGCUGUGCGGAUCACCAGAGUUUGAUACAGAAGGAGCCCAGACUUCCGCAAUGACAAAAGAUGGGGCUUGUGAUUUGCAGGGAGUGUUAUGUGUAUCAUUUGAGGAUCUAGGAACUUGGCCAGAGUUGAUAAGGGAUGAGUUUAGGCCUAAUCGGGAGAGAGCAAAACACACUUGGUUGGCAUAUUUAGUCUCAAAAGAUGCAUUUUAUGCUUUACAUGCAAAUUAUGUGGACAUUCUAACCAUCUUCUCCCAUCAGAUGGUUACAGAGCAUGGAGAGAAAUGUCUGAACCUUUACACAGCCAUGACUGAGCACCAGAGCAUGCAUGAUGCAGGUGAAGGAACUGGAAAAAGAGUAGGCAGACAAUGGAUGAUGGGAGACAAGCUCUGCUUGAAAAAGAGAACUCACUGGUGUGGUAUAUUAGAACACAUUAUAGCUAUUGUCCAAUACCUGACAGAACAGACCAUGGCAUUCUGUGGUACAAGUGAUGCCCUGUACACCUAUGGCAAUUUCUUGGGCCAAGUGCAGCAUUUGUCACAGUUUGAUUCCAUCAUGGCUGAACAUUUGCAUCGUAUUAGGAAUAAAGAAGUAAUAGAUCAUAUCUUGGGAAGGACAUAUAGAAUGAAAUUAUCCAGCAGGACUAUUGUAGGAAAGGUGAAGGAUGUUGGGUACUUUUCCAUGAUUCUAAAUUGCAUGCCAGAUAUCAGGAAUCAAGAGCAAAUGACAAGUAUUUUAGAAACUUUUGAAGAUGUUGCUGUGGACUUUUCAUUGGAUGAGUGGAAGAUGCUGACCAAAUGGGACAAACUGCUAUACCAGGAGGUGAUGAUACAGAACUUUGAGCACAUGGUGUCUAUAGGAUAUGAUAUACCGCUAGAACAACUGUUAUCAUAUAUUGAAAAACCUGUUGAACUUCCAUUUCAUGAGAAGGUAGAAGAUAUGACUGUGCUUCAGACAGAUCUUCCUGAAGUCCCAGUAAGCAUCAACAGGUACGUGAAUCACACUGAGCUCCAAAAUAAUCAGUUAUCAGUCCAGAAUAAUCUCCACUCUAAAUAUGACUUUCCCGAUGCAAUACAAUCAUACAUUGAAGAGCAAACGCAUGUUGGUAAUUUUGCAUUUAAACCUGCCAUUAAACUACAACAGAGAAUACACACUGGAUGUAAACUAUAUAAAUGUUAUACAUGUAACAAAAUCUUUAUACAUAAGAAGGCUCUUUCAGCACACAAAAAAAUACACAUCAUCAAGAAACCUUAUAAAUGUGGAAUAUGUGACAAGAGUUUUGCAAGGAAGGCUAACGUUUUAACACACAAAAAAAUACACACAGGAGAGAAGCCAUAUAAAUGUGCAGUGUGUGGCAAGAGUUUUACAAGGAAGGACAAUGUAUUAACACAUGAAAAAGUACACACAGGAGAGAAGCCAUAUAAAUGUGCUGUGUGUGGCAAACAUUUCAGAUGGAAGAACAACCUCCUAGCACAUCAGAAUGUGCACGUGGGAGAAAAGCCAUAUAAAUGCACCACAUGUGACAAGAGUUUUGUACGAAAGUGUACCCUUUCAAAACAUGAGAAGCUACAUACAGAGAAGCGAUAUAAAUGUGCCAUAUGUAACAGAAUUUUUACAGACAAGACUGAACUUUCAGCACAUGGGAAAAUGCACACUGAGGAAAAACCAUAUACAUGCAUCACUUGUGAUAAGAACUUUUUAAGGAAGCGUGACCUUUCAGUACAUCAAAAAAUACAUGUAGUAGUAGAAAAGCCUUAUAAAUGUGCCACUUGUGAUAAGAAUUUUCCAUCAGAGAUAAGCCUUUCAGCACAUGAGAAAGUGCACAACACAGAAAAGCCAUAUAAAUGUAACAAAUGUUACAAGAGUUAUAAAAUGAAAACUACCUUUGAAAAUCAUCAGAAACUACACACAGGAGAAAUUAAAUGUACCGAAUGCAGUAAGUGCUUCACACAACUUGGUCGUCUUCAUUUACAUCGUACCAUUCACACAGACAUACUACAUAAAUGUACUGAAUGUGGUAAGUCUUUCACAUGUGCCACUGACAUGAAAAGGCAUCAAGUCAUUCACACAGGACCGGAAAAAAAAAUUGAUUGGCCAAAGAAGAGCCAUAAAGACGAUAGAGUGGACUAUUGAGGAUAAGAAAGAAAUUAUG